CCGAACUCGAACCAAACCCGCAAAAAUCUGAAGCGAACCCGAACUGAAAUUUAUAAAUAUUAGAAUGAGGCUGAAAUCUUUGACUCCGGAAACCCGAAACCUAAACGGACCUAAACCGAACCGGAUUAGAUACUAAAUAGAUAGUUUCUUAUAAUAUAAUGGACUUUCAAAUUUUCUUAAAAAUAUAAGCCUAUUACUUUUUUUUCUCUUAAUAUACUGCUAUCAAUGUUUACGAACAAACCUAUUUUUUAAAACUAUAAUCUACGUUUUCAAACAAACUUUUUUUUUCAACUGCGCAAUCUAUGUUUUCAAACAAAUUUUUUUUUAAACUACAAUUUAUGUUUCUAAAUAAAAAUUUUCUAAAAAUUACUAUACAUGUUUCCAAACAAACCUAAUUUGUACUUGAGUUUUAAUAAGAUAGAUAGAUGUAAUGUUAUCUUCUAAAUCUUCCGGUUCUUCUAGAUCUUCUAGUAACUUACAAGUUACGACCCGUCUUAUAUUCCUAUUACCAGAUUCGAGACCAGUAAACCAACUUCCAAAUAAAGAGAUAUGUUCCGUUUUAAUUUCCUGGUCAAACUGGGAGAUGAAUUCGGAUGGAGGAGGAGUACUUAAGCUCUGUUUACAGCUAAAUAAAUACAGUGUAUAGGUGAAAGAUUACCAAAGAAGAUUAGGAUAUUUUCUUGUGAAAAGUGCCAUAAUGUAUGUAUUAAUUAGUGAUUAUUUAUAUAGCGCUUCAAGUUAUAGUGGUUGGAUAUAUUCCUCCACAAGAAGGAAGAACUCUUAUUGUAAAAUCUUAUAUCAAAAAGAAAAGAACUCUUAUUGUCGUAAUAAAAUCAUUUAAUUCUCCAGAAAGAUUCUUUUUUACUUCUCUUUUGACUGUGUGCUCUUCUCUUCUCUACUUUUUUGUUUUUUUUUUUUGUUUAAGCUAUAUAAUAAUAUUGCAUCCCACCAAAUUAUAGACUUUGAUACUUAAAUCUACAUAAUAUUUUUAUUUUAACGUAAUAUAUGCAAUCACUGUAGUAUUUCAAAAUGAUACUUGAGUUCAAAGUCAUUUAAAUCAUACUCUACAGAUGUAUUGGGGUUCUUGUCGUUGGUCAUGUUGAAAUUCGGACACAUUAUUUACACAUAACAAUUUAUAUACACACGAUUGUUAAUUGAUUUGAUUUCCUACAAAAAUAAAAUAAUUCGGAAUAUACAAAUGUAUGAAAAAAAUUGCACAUAACUAUUAUAUAUAUAUAAUCAGUUACAAAAAAAAAACUAUUAUAUACCCCACUAAGGUUUUGGAAAGCUCACUGAAAAAAAUAAACUACGAGAGACUCAGUGCAAAACAAUUGAUUUGGUUGACAAUGUAUAUUAAUACUUGGAAGAUUUUGGUUCUUUGGUGAAAUGUUUUUGCAUGCAAAGUGGCGUGGACACAGUUAAGUGUUUGGAGAAUUAUCUUUCGGACGUUAGGGUUCAAAAAUAGAAUGAUCUUCCGAUCAUAACGUGUAUUCUCCCAUUCUAAAGUAUUAUUGACCGCUCAUAAUUCUUUGGUCAGAAAAGUACUUAGGUCUAGACUUCUAUUUCAGGAUUCAAUUAGAUAGUAAAAUGAAAAUUUUCUUGGAAAAAUGAACGUGGUCUUAGUUAGGCAAGAGUUGCUAAGAUUGACGGGAAAAGAAAAGAAAAAGAAAGAAUGGGUAUGUUUGAUUUUCAUAAUAGUGAAAGAAAUUAAAAAAAGAAUUAUUAUAAAAGAAUAAAUUAACUGUUAUAUUAUUGGUUCGCUCGUUAAUGUUUUGAUGAGCCAGUCCUUAUAAAUACAUCCGCAAACCCAUAUCUCAACUUAAAUCAUCAACACAUUAAACACAACCUCUAAUUUAAAACCUCUCUCGUCUCUUUCGUGUCUCUUCUUGUUCUAUUCCAAAACCAACAACAAUCAAGAACAAGUACUAAUGGGAGGAAACAUACCACACAGUAGCAAGAGGUUCUCUCUCUUCAGCUUCUUUAAGCCACGAAAAUCUCACAGAGUGGAAGCAGACGCCUCUUGGGACGACAGCGUUUACACUCGCAAAGCAUUGGCUAGUGACGAAGACAGACGUUAUUGCGUGGCUGAGCCAGGUAUCGACCGUAAGGCUUCUGCCUUUAUCGCCAAGUUCCAUGCAACUCGUGUCUCUGAGUCUGAGCGCCAAACUAUCUCUCCUUACCAAUCCGAGAAGGCAUGAUAAAUAAUUUGAUUAUAUGUAAAUUGAUUUUUAUUUAUUUGAUGUGUCUUUAUGGGAGUUUAUUGAUUGUGUCGUAAUUGUUGUUAAUAAUCGAUGUUUCUUAACAGUUCUCUUCUUCUAGCUUCUCAUUCUUUUUUUCCUUAAUUGCUUUCAUCGUCUAGCUAGUUAAAUAAUUCAACUUAAAUCACAUCGACUGUUUUUGGUUGUGUACGUUUACUAAGUAUAUUCCAUAUAACAUUUCGACAAUUUGUAUAGUUUCCUCGCCAUAAUCAUAUAAAGAUGAAGAGAAGGGAACAAAACUAUAAAAUUCUCAUAAACAACAAAGUUUGUUUAACUUUUAAGAGUAUAUAGAACUUAUCACCAGCAUAUGUACAUUUCAUCUUCACCAAGAAUGAUAUGGAAUAACACGAUUUAGUGACUCUCCAAAACACUCAAAUUGAUCAGAAUGUAGCUUGUUGUGAAUCUCACAUUGACUAAGUUAGAACAUAAUCUAAUCAAAGUUUAGACCUAGCCAUUAAUUCAAUUUGGAAAGCCAUGAAUUAUGACAUGGCUAUCGCUUUGGUUUACAAGUAUGAGUACUUGCUUUUUUGGGCGUAGAAGAUCGAUCAUAUACUGAGAUCCAUUUAAGAUUAAAUAACAAAAAACAAAGAUUUGAAGCCAGCCUGUAGAAUCUAUAACUUUAUAUGAUUGAUAUUAUUUGCAUGGAGAGGAGGUCCCUGUUAAGGUCUAGCCCUCACAUAAUGCUGCAGUCUUUUUGUACAAAAGGUACAUUUUAAGAGUACUUUGAUUCCUCUCCUUCUCUUUUGCUUCGCUUUGAGCCUUUAUGUUGGUUCAUACGUACACUCUUACUUUUACUGCCAAUUAUUAACCACAAUAUUCCCUUAAACUUUAUUAUAUGGUUCCAUGUCUAGUGGUGUUUUUGAAAAAGGUUCCAAAGUCGAGUGAUCUCAUAGUAUUACCUAUAUAACUAAUGAUUCGUGAGUGUUUCAGUCUACGAGAUUCGAUCACCACAAAUAUAUAAAAAAUCACUCACAAUAGAAAG